CCGCGGCUGCUGCAGGGCCGGGCUGAGUCCCCCCCUCCCAGCCUGCUCGGCUGCCCCCCGGCCGCGGCGCGGCGCGGGGGAUCCGCUCGGCCGGGGAGCGAGGGGGCCAUGGCCGGGGAGGCGCCGCCGGGCAGGGGGAGCCGGGAGCGGGGCGGGAGCUGCUGCUGCUAGCGGGGAGCUCGGCUCCGAGCGACCCCCCCACCUUGCCUCCCUCCCUCCCUCCCCGCGUCUUCCGCACAGCCGGGCGGCCUCCCAGCCUGGCCUGGGCUAUGUGCGUUCAAAGCGUCUUCUCCACUAGCGUUUGCAAAUGAAAAUGGAGGAAAUGUCUUUGUCUGGCCUGGAUAACAGCAAGCUGGAGGCCAUCGCUCACGAGAUUUACACGGACCUGGUCGAAGACGCCUGCCUGGGGCUCUGCUUCGAGGUGCAUCGGGCAGUCAAGUGCGGUUACUUCUUCCUGGACGACACGGACCCCGACAGCAUGAAGGAUUUCGAAAUCGUGGACCAGCCCGGUGUGGAUAUCUUCGGCCAGGUCUACAACCAGUGGAAGAAUAAGGAGUGCGUGUGUCCGAACUGCAGCCGCAGCAUCGCUGCCUCCCGCUUCGCCCCCCACCUGGAGAAGUGCCUGGGGAUGGGCCGGAACAGCAGCCGGAUCGCCAACAGGAGGAUCGCUAGCAGCAACAACAUGAACAAAUCCGAGAGCGACCAAGAGGACAACGAUGACAUCAACGAUAACGACUGGUCCUACGGCUCCGAGAAGAAAGCAAAGAAGAGGAAAUCCGAUAAGAACCCCAACUCGCCCCGGAGAUCGAAAUCCUUAAAACACAAAAAUGGGGAGCUCAGUGGGAACUCGGAUCCCUUUAAGUACAGCAACUCCUCUGGAAUCAACUACGAAACGCUGGGUCCCGAGGAGCUCCGCUCGUUGCUCACCACGCAAUGUGGGGUGAUCUCCGAACACACCAAGAAGAUGUGCACCAGGUCUCUGCGCUGCCCCCAGCAUACAGACGAGCAGCGGAGGUCAGUCAGGGUCUACCUCCUUGGACCCUCUGCCUCGCUCCCGGAGGCAGAGGGCAGCGUGGAAAACGAGGGCUUUGACGUGUCUGAGAGCCAGGCUAUCAUGAGCCGGCUGCAGUGGGAUGGCUCCUCGGACAUCUCGCCCUCCGACUCGGCCUCCUCGAAAGCGAGUACGAACAACUCGGAGUCGCGUAAAACCAAAAAGAAGAAGCCGCACCUGAGCCUGGUGGGGGGCACGCCGGGGCUCAGCUCCAGCAAGAAGAAGAAACCCAAACCGCCCGCGCCCCCCACCCCCAGCAUCUACGACGACAUCAACUGAGGGGCGGGAGCGGACGGCGGCCCCUGCGCCGGGCCUGUCCUGACUCUGAUCACGCCCGGGGGAGCCAAGCGACGCCUCGUACCCCCUGCUGUAUUGACUGUGAAGAGAGCCCAUCUCCGGGAAUCGGACUGCGCGGGUGCAGGGGGCACCUGUCUCCAGGAGGGGGUGCUGUGGAGCUGGAGGACGUCACUGCCUGCGGGGAUUGGGGGGCAUGGCUGACAUGUCCCUUCCCCCAUGUCUAUUUAUUCUGUGAUUUUUACUGGAUGUCCAAUCAUGACUAUAUGGUGACGUCUGUCGCUUGGCAACACUAGAGCCAGGUGUGUGUGGGGGGGGGGGGGGGAUUGAGCGGAUGCCACCCUGGGCCUUGAAGGGAGGCACCAGAGAGGAGGGGUGCGGGAGCCAGGCCAUGCCAGCCCUUCAGCCUCCCUGCCUGCUCUGACCGACGAGCCGAAAAGUCAGGGGAUCUGAGGGGAGGAAAAGGCCCCUUCAGAGCCACCUCCUCCAGGGAGCGGGGUGCUGGCCUCAGAGGAGGAGCUGGUACAAGGAUCAAUACCAGGGGCCUGGGGCAAUACAGGCCUUCCCUUUUACUUCUGUCAUGGGACUUCUGGCUGGGCCUUGAUUUGGCAUUUUGGGGGGGGGGGGGUGCGUUCCUCCUUCCUUCCGCCCCCAGGUGGGGAGGGGGCUGGCUGGUGCCAGGUCAGAGCGGAGAGCGUGAUCGGAUGUCCCUGCUGUGGUCCGCUCUCCCCGCAGGGCGGUGGCCGCGUGCCAGCCUCGCUCUGUGCGGGUGCUCGCCGGUCGGGCAGGCCCCAGAGCGGGCACCUGUCGGGGCGCUGUGUGAGGACUGCGGGGUUCGGGGAGGGCGGAGGCUGGAUGGUAACACACAUUCCCGUGGGGUCCCCCUCAGCCGGUUGUACCUCCUGGCAUGGGGAAGUGCCCGGGCUGGGCUUGGAGCUGCUGGCGCUUGUUCUGCCAUCUCUGCCUGGGGGAGCAGGGGGCGAGGCUGCUGUACUGUAGGGGGUGUACACGCCUGCUGUGGGGCAGGGGGUCCCAUCGCUGUGCUCUGCCUUGCCUAGUGUUGCCCUGGGACUCCGGUCGUACCCUGGGACUGGAGGGAGCUGCUGGCUGGGUAAAUGUUGGGACCCUCCUGCCGCUGCUACAGUGAAAAGCGGCAACUGGGCCCGUGACACAGCCUUGCUGGGCUUUUUGCCAGGCCAGUGUUCUUGUUCGCCGCACGGCCCGGGUCUCUGAGCAGCGAGGUUGGUGCUGGAACAAUUCACUGCUUUAAAAACAAACUGGGGGGGAUCCCCACUAGGGGAGAGCUUACUAGUCCCUUCCCCGCCUCCCAUCUCCCUUCCCCUUGAGCUUUCGGAAGGGACGAGUGCGUGCCCACUGAAUCACGUUGCUUGGGCUGCUCUUUGCUAGAGACGAGCUCCUUCCCCUACACACUCAACGUGCUAAGCAUGGCCCAGGCCCCAUUUUCGGGGCAGGACCCCCUACCCCCCCCCAAGGACACAUGGUGCUUCCUGCUGACUUGGAAAAUUGAAUGCUUCAAUUUUCGAGGUGUCUUUAUUUUCCUCUCAUCCCUGGGUGGCCCCUCUGGGCUUCUGAUCUUCCUGGGGCUUCUUGUCACCAGGAACUAGACCCCGACGGGGCGUCUCCUGUUGGGCUCGUGGCUCUUCUCCUGUCUUGUCUUGAAUUUUCCAUCUCUGCAACUCUCAGCCAGCUGGGCCGUGCCCCCCGUGUGUGCAGAGCAAACCUCCCGGGGAACUGAGCCCCGAGCCGGCUGCGUUUAUUUCUUCUAGGCCUUUCUGCGAUGUGAGCCGGUUGCGGUCGGGGGAAGAAUUCAAGUGGUGGUCGGUUUCUGAGCCUUUUGCUAAUGGUGACCAGCGUUGCUGUGGGCCUGCUCACAGAGAACCUCUCUGGCCUGCAGGUGGCAGCGUCUGUCGGACGCUCCCUGGACGCUUGAGUGUGAGCGAGGCUGUAGCCGGAUGCCUUGCAGGUUCCAUCAGCAUCUGAAACCUCCAGGUUUCUCCUUUGGUUUCCCGUUGGAGCUGUGGCUCUCGGCCAGCCCUCUCGUGCGUGCAGCUCUGCUCUGCGCUGGCGGGGUCUGGGGGUGCCCUCAAUGAAAGGGCAGGAACCCAAAGGCAUCCUUUUGAGCAGAGCUUUCGCGGCUUGGUCACGGUGGGGGCUGCAUCUUGAUGUUACAGGCCCGGUGCACACCCCUAGAUUAAAACCAGCGGGCCACUCUCAGAGGGGGAGUGGAGGGAGGCACCUUUGACACUCAGCAAAUGUGUGUGGUUGCAGUCGGAGGCAGCCAGCGGUCCGCAUAGUGCGUGCUCCGCCCAGUGUGGUUCUGGUAUUGCUACACCUUCCUUCUGUUCCUGCGAAGGGUGGGGGUGUGCAGACCCAGCCUUUCCCAUGCACCUUUUGUCUUGGCUCGCCAGUACAGCCUCCAAGCGCCUGAGGCGCCGAUCGGCUGUAAGUGGCCCAGAACGUCUGCUCCAGAUUGCCACGGGCCUCAUCACAGAAAGGUGAAAAUGGCUAAACCCCAAUCAGCGGCUCUGCUGGCUGGCAAAUAUGAACGUAGUGCAAAUGUCCUGCUUCCCACAGCCUUGCUGAUUCCCUGUCUAAGGUAACUUAUGAAAUGCACCUGUCUGACCCUAGGAAACCUUUGUUCUGAGCUAGACUCUGACCUGGGCUCCCUUGUCUGUCUCCUAAACUCCUGCCACUACAUUUUUCGAAGGAAGGCUCUGGCUGCAGAGAAUAGGCCUCUGGGGAAGAGGACGUGUAUCUUUAAGGGAGAGGAGAGGAGUCCCCCCCAAGUUAGGUGUCCAUUUGGGCUUGGGUGCAGGUAGGUUAAUCACAAGUUGCCUCUUCAUCCCAUGCCCUUCUUGGGGGGGAGGGAGGGAGUCUAGUUUUUAAUCUAGGUUAAGAAUCAUGAUCGUCUUGAAUGGUGGAUUAAUUUAUGAAAGGGGUGGCAGAGAUUCAGGGUGUGAGCUGGAGGCAGGUGUCGCAUGCACAAGCAUUUGACCCUGUAGACUGGGCACUGACCUGCGGUGCCCUCUGCUAGUGAGUCCAACGCCCCUUUGGACAGGGUGUGCCAGGAUCAGCCGGGGGCUCAGAGCUUUAGAAUGACAGGGUUGCCUGUGAGUGUGUCCCUAUGAACUGCUUUGCAAGUGUGUGGGAUUGAGUUGUCCCCUACAGCCGGCUCCCUCAUCCAGGCGGCUAGUCUUAGUGGACGUGAUCACUGCACCUCGUUUGCUGCUUGUAUAAGGGAACAGUGUAUCCCUUCCUCCCUUUGAGCUAUGCCGCUUCUCCAGCUCUGAGCCAGGGAGACACUCAGCAACAAUCUCCAGUUUGACUCCUGGCUUGUGGUCAUUUGAAGCUGUGCCCUUCCCGCCUGCUGGUGCACCUGCACAGGGUGUCUGAGCUCUCUCUGGAUGUAGCUGACGUCUCUUUACAUGUCUUUCCAGUUGAUGUAGCUGCAGGCUCCUUGCACCGCUGUGGUUCCAAGUGGAAGCGAUGCUGCUAGUUUUGGGGCAUAGCUGCAUGGGGCUCCGACAUUCAGUUCUGAACCAAGCAGCUCUGGAAGCUGUCGUUUGCCCCAAGCCGGGAGUCCUAAAAGGAUCAUUCCCAUGGCAUCUGGGCUUGUCAACAGUAGGAACAAUAGAACCUUGAGGGCCAGGCCUGGACCGCUCUCUUGCAGCGCCAGUGUGUGUGUUGGAUGUUGAUCUAGACCUUUCUGUGGAAGGAAGGAAGUCCACUCGGCUGUAAUAACACAUGGGCAGUGGGGUCUGGAACAGGACAAAGCAGGCUUUUCCCUCUAGGCUUCAACUGCUUGUUGCUGACCAGUGGAUGUGGGUCAUGUGGAUCACUACAGCACAGUGCGUAGAAGGCAAGUGGAUAGCGGAGGGUUAAUGUCUUUGUCCUGCACAGCAUAUUAAAAUAACCUGCUUAACUCGGUGAAUUGGUGGGACUAAAAUCCCUCCUGCAGAGGAGAACCGUGGUAGUUCUAAGCGUGGCUGGUCAUCUACCUCCUCAGUUUGAUGAUAAAGUACACUGCCUAAGUGGCUCCCGUGGAGGUACCGGAACAUUGUGGACAGGACGGUGGUAACAGCUUGAGUCUUGCAACUUCAGAAAGCAAGGCCCAAGAGAAAACAACCCAAAGGAGCCCAGGCCGGACCCCGUACUGCAGCUGCUGAUGGGAAGUGCAGCUGCAUUCGAGUUUUACAUGCAGCCGCCGAGAGAGUGAUCCAGGCUGCUUGUUGUAUUUUUUCCUUAAUCACAGGCUCUGUAUCAUUUUCCCCCUACCCCCCAGUCCCUUUUUUUAUUUUUAAGGUAAGCCUGCUUCACUUGAAACCCUGCAUUCUAUCAUGAUACUGGUCAUGAGGAGGGUUUUAAUUGGUAAUGAUAUAAAAAACCUGCACCUGGGACUUCCCAGUUGUGUCCCUCAACACAACUGUCAGGGUGUGGGAAACGACACAGGUGGUGAUCACAUGGGGGAAGGUGGGGUAAGUACUGUACUGUGGUCUUGAAAUUUUUAUUUUUGCAUAUGUAAUCCAUCCUGUACAGGUAGUUCCAACUUUGUAAAAUCUGUGUAUUCCCAUUAGUGGAUUGUGGCUGCCCCUGUAAAUAAAAUGCAUCUUGACUUGGUAUCAAA